AUGGCUUGCGGCGGCGAAGCGCCUCUGGGGAAAGUCGAGAAGUCGCUGCGAAUUGGGGUUUCAUCCAGCCAUUCUUCAUUUUUUUCUUUUGUUAUAUCUUUAUUCCUUUCCUUUAUUUCUUCUUUCUUCCUCUUGAUUUUUUUAUAUUCUUUUAUUUUAUUCACAACUUUCUUUCAGUUUUUACCUCUUUUUUUAUACUUAAUUUUCGCUCUCUUUUCUAUGAAUGGCUUUUUUUUAUUUUUCUUUCUUUCUUUCUUUCUUCCUUUCUUUCUUUCUUUCUUUCUUUAUUCAUUCAUUUAUUUAUUGAUUUGGUUUCUUUUUGCUAUUUAUUUGAAUUAUUCCUUCUUUAUCUUCUUUUUUCUUCGAACUAAAUUAUUUUUCUCACUUCUUUCUUUCUUUUAUUUCUUUGUUUGCUUCAUUACUUUUUUAACUUUCACUAAUCUUUCUUUCGUUCUUCAUCAUUUUUCUCUUUAUCUACCACUUUCUUUCUUUUUCUUUCUUUUUCUUUCUUUUUCUUUCAUUCUUUCUUUCUUUUUUUCUUUCUUUAUAUGGUUUCUUUCUUUAUAUGUUCCAUUACUUUAUCUCCACCGGUUUUCUUUCGUUUUCCGUAUUUUGCGCUUUUUGCCUCUUUCCUUUUUUUAUCUUUCUUUAUUUUUUAUCUACUUUACUUUUCUUACGUGUUUCUGUCUUUCUUUUUUUUUUUUUUUGCUUCAUUAUUUUUUACCGCCCACUGAUCUUUCUUUCAUUCUUAAUCUUUUUUUCUUUCUUUCAUUCUUUCUUUCUUUCUUUCUGUCUUUCUUUCUUUCUUUCUUUCUUUCUUUCUUUGCCUAUAUUCUUUGUCACGUUCUCGGCGACUUAGCUUUCUUUGUAUUUUUCAUAUUUUUUUUUCUUUCUCUAACAUUUAACUUUGUGUUACUUUAUCGGUUUCUUUCUUUUCCAUUUCUUCUCUAUAUUUAUUUAUUUUAA